UGCUCAUGGAUUAGGGUUUGCGGCCUGAGAAGUGUGGGAAGAAUUUUGAGAGGCAUGGCGAUGGCGAUGGCAGAGGGGAGAGACGGAGGACCAGGCGGUUGGCGCUACGUUUUCGAAGCGUUGCGAAAUGUCCGAUACUUGCAGCUGCUUCUAUUCCACCCGGAAAUCACUCCGUCGCGAGACUGCCUCAAUUACAGUGCCGUCGUUCGCCAUGGAUCAUCGUUGCACUGUGCUUGGGAUUCUCCCGAUGGCACGCCCCAUUCCCUCAUGGUGCCCUUGCCUGCGUGCCUGCUCGAUCUUUUGGCCCCCGUUCGGUUUUGGAUUCGCCAGGACCUUGUUGAGGUCUGGCUCGGAUUGCUGUCAGUCGAUCCUGCCUUGCACAUGCUCCAGCUGAGUCUCGAGGACGAGUGCUCUGGUCACAAUGGGUGCCGUCAAGUUGUUGAUGCGAAGCCCUUCACUGUGGACUUUGAUGCCAAGGCCCUUGAAUCAACCGAAGGAGCUCGAUUUUUCUGCACAAAGUGCUCAUGUAAGCUUACAGAUACUCCAUUCAGACGCGUCUUAGAAGUUCCAUCUAUGGACUGGCGUGAGAUAUCAGAGCAUUUCUAUGGGAACUGUUGUUGCGCAUCUUUUGGAGCUCAAGCUGAGGUUCUUGUUGCGAAGUUUCAGCAACUGCUCACUCCAGCGCAAGAUAUUUGUCUUGUGGCAUCUACCACAUGCAUCGUGCACGAAGAGAAUGUUUUCACAUCUGAAGUCAAAUGUGCCUUUUCAAAAUCAGGUGCUUGUCAAUUGUCAGAGAGCGACAAACAUGGCAGUAAUUCAUGUCCGAAUGGGUCUUCCAAGGUUACUUCCCGUGCAGACGAUCCUUUUGCUAACAACGGCAUUGAACAGAAUUCAAAAAAAUGCACAAAUUCUCCGGAAAGUGGUGACAAGUUCGAUCAUAAAAAUAAUGGGGAGGAAUCUAUGUCAGUUAUAGCCAGAGAGAGGAAUCAAGCAGUUGGGAUUACAUGUGGAGGUACAUCGGUUACUCCCUCGUCCAAGGAAACAGGCGUUAUUGAAAAUGAUGGUACAUGUGUUGUAGACGAAGUUCAAGAUUCUCAUAUUGAUAACAGUCGAGGCGGAAAGGAAGAUUCGUGUUGUUCUUCAAGCUGCUCUUCUAAAAACCAUGUCCCCACAGAAUUCUCUGUCCCGAAGGAAGCAAAGGAGGCGAGCUCAGAGAGUCUUGGUAAUGGCUUCAUGACUGGCCCAGGGUCGCAAAGCGAAGUGAUGGAUUGGGAACCGUUCUUCUGCCGCAAUUGCUCGUCACUAUUAGGUUCCAGGCGUGGUGAUAGCAGCAAGAAAAGUGUGCAAUUUUUUAAAUGCCAGAUUUCUACGGAUGAAUUGGUUCUUAGUUCAAGGAAUAUAUUUAGUGAUCACACUUUUGAAAGAUUAUUCAUACAUGAAUUAGAGAAGAAUACAGAGAGCAAUGCCUCAUAUCGGUACGUUGUGCGAAGUUUUCAAACAGGAGCGGCGACUUUACAGCUUAUCCUCCUUAACCAAAAUGCGUUAGUCACGUCGGGCAUGUGCCCCCCGAUACAUACUUUGAACGAUGAAGAUUCAGCUAAUGAGAAAAGAAACCAACGAACUUCGGGCUGGAGACCAGUAAAAGUACCCCUAAAGACUGUCGCCAAAUUCAUGUUCUGCGAUUGCAGGAUGCUAGACUUGGAGGAGUUGAGACUAAUUGACAAGUGGGCACAACUUCAAAAAGCUGAUGACAUAUUCAUGCUGGAUGCAGUAGCUGGGACAUUGUUAGACAUAUUGAAAAGCCACCAAUCGGUCUAUCCUCCAUCUUGCCAAUCAUUUCAGCAAUUCAGUUUGUCUUUUCUCUCAAAAUGAUUCACGUACAAGUUGAAAUUGAUCCUAUUCUAUAGUUUGACAUGCAUGCUCUUCAAGGUAUAGAGGAUGUUGGGUCCAUGUACGGGCAUUUCUUCCGGCAGAAGCAAGUUCUGGCCCAGCUUCUCUUUAGACAAGCUCUGAAGUCCAUUAGCGUUGAACAUGUGGAGUUUAGCUGAAAGAAUGAAGAAAAAAAUGGAGACAUCCUUGAGCCAAGCUCAUCAAAAGCAUUUGCUUGAAGGCAGUGCAUCGUUGUGAUGAGAGUGAAAUUGUCAAGAGGUGAUGGUGAUUAAACAGCGGCGUGUGUGGAAGGGCAUUUUUAUUAACUUGGGUCCCCUAUAUUCUAAGGGAUCCAAGUACUCCAGAACUUUUUUGCAAAAGUAGAGAGUGACUUUUAGCCUUUCUACAUGCAGUUUUGCUAAUCAGUACUAGUUCCUCUCGCCACUAAUUUCCUUGCACUUGCAAGCGCCACUCUUGAGUAUGUUGAGUUCUUUACAUAAUGUAGUGUUGCUGAAUUAUGUGUUUUCGGGGAGAGGAGUGUUUAAGUGAAUGGUUUUAAGUAGGUGGAUGGUAGAUGAUUUUUCAAAUGGAACUCGUUUGCAGAAAUGUAAGUGCUAUUAUUAAUAUGGUAUGACAAGUGCAACCCUUGACACAACUUGAAACA